CUGCUGAACCCUGUAAUAGAGCUCAAAGAGCCGCUGUAAAGAGCGGCCCCUAUAGAGCUCACUCACCGGGACAGAAACCAGCCUCCACCCGGGACAAAGAGGAGGAGGAAGAGGAGAAGGAGGAGGGUAGAAGGUGCGCUGGAGGCGACACCUGUCAAGCUGUUGCUAAACACGCCGGCUUUAUGAAAAAGGACUGGAGACUUCGGGGGAUAAACCGAGCUGGAAUCGGAGAUUAGUUGCUCCUUUAUUGUCGGUGUUCAUCACUCAGACCUCUGAGGAGAGGGGUGGGGGGAUAUGAGGCAUUAACGUCAUGUCAAAAGCUGUUUUCAAAAGACUGUGUUGAAGUUAGCGUCUGAUCUGUAGGCUCCCACUGGGAAACUCGUUAAAGGGCUAUUCCGCAGCACACGACUCUGGACGUCCUUAGAUUUGCUUUAACUCCAAAUGAAAAAUAGUCAAACUGGAUUUGGUUAGUCUGUGAAACGUCAUUUGUGAAAAUUUCAUUCCAUCUAUAAAAAAAGUGCGAUGGCAAUGCUUUUCUUAGCUUCUUCGCCAUAAUACACAGUCCAUUUUGAAAAAAACCACACUACAGGCAGAUCAAACCGGGAUGAAAUCACUGCCAAUCAUUUACUUGAGGCCACCUAUGAUAGCGUCCACAUCAAUACAACUACACAACAUAGGAAGUCCAAACAUGGGGAGAACCAUUCAACACUGAUUACAGGUUUAACAAAAAAUUAAAUUAAAUUUAAAAAGUCUUAUCCUUUGUUCAGUUUGUGAAAACUUUUAUAUCUGUUUUUAAGCGACAAGCCACCAAAAACCUGACCCAGCUUACCACACAACCCAAAAUUGGAUGUAAUAACUUGAAUGAUUUUGGAUUUGUGAAACCUUUAUUCCAUCAGUGAAGGUGAUCUUUAUCUUUUUUUUAAGCUUGAGAUGGCGCCCAUUUUAAAAAUCCCACCUAGACGGCUAAAAACUGGAGAAACAUAACUUGUUUUGUUCUUUUUAGAUUUGGACUUUUUCUGGCAAUAAACUCUCUUACAUGGGGCGCUUCAUAAGACACUGAUUUAUCUGUCAGAUAUGAAAUCAUCAUUCAAUUUGGAAAGCAAAAUCUGAAACAUUUUAGGCAUUUUUGGGUGUUACAUAAUAAAAACUUCAACACUUAAGAGUCCAAACAAGGCCACAAUUAUCUUAGACAAAUUGGACAAUGUACAGUUUAUGAUUUAAGAUGUAUGUGUUGGGAUAAUAAAAAACAUUUUAUGCUCUACUGACCAGUUUUAACAUCUUACAUUUGAUUCAUGAUAAAAGCUACCCAACAAAAGAACAAACCUGCAAAAAAACUAUACUUUGUUUUUUUAUUCUAUAGCACACAGUAAUCUGGAAACCUCUACUGCUUUGCGAAAACUUAAAAAAUGGACAAAAACAAAUCUGCCCAGGCUUAAUUCAAGCCAGAACAUAAAAAGAGCAAUUUUUUACAAAGUGAAUACAAAGUUUCACCUAAGUAUUUUUCCAACACUUUAAGAAUUCACAACCAUCCAAAUCAAAAAUAUUUUAAACUGAACCGGGGCAAAUUGUUGUUCGGAGCUAUUAAAUUCAGUGGAAUGGCCCUUUAGUCAAACGUCGAAUCAGAUUCCAACUUCAGCGACUUCCUUUUGAGUUGACGAACUUGACGCAGAUGGCACCUGAGCUGUGCGCAUUGAGCGCAAACAGCGGGAGAACAGGGAUGUAAAAAAGGGAUGCGGGGGGUGGGGGGAGAGCUUUACACCCACCGCCCACUGCUCUCUCUAAAUCCCACGUACACACACGCACACACACGUUUCCCCCACUCGUAUUAACCCACUACAGAGCGCAGAGUAAAACCGCGGGGUGGGAGUUAGUGCUCGUCGCGGAGCUUCGGCGCGGGCAGAUUCACCCUCCUUCGCCCCGCUGUAGAAGCUGUUGAACCUGCUGUAGUACCUGCUAACCGGAGAGGAUAAUAUAGGAAGGGACGCCCCGAUGGACGCGAGCAGGAGAGGGUCACAAGAUGAUUGACAACCAUCCUAACCAGCAGCUGAUCUGCUAACGUGAAGGAUUUUAAAGAGACUGCAGCAGAAACUCCUCAUUGGAGCUCCAUACCUGCGCUGCUCCAGGUGGAUUGAACACAGAAGUGAAUAUCCACUGAAUUUUCAGAUGAUUUGUGUAAACUAAAGAGGAUAGUUGGACUAAACUGAGGGACAGCAGAAGAAGCUCUGUCCAUCAUAUCCUCUUAACAUCUUAACUACUGUUAUCAUCAAACUGUGACAUUUAUAUAAUCAUAACUGUGCUUGUAAAACCUAAACAAGAAAUCAGGUUUUCUCCUUUGAGGACUAUUUGCUGUUUCUUCUCAUCUCUCUCCCCACUGCGCAUCAAUUAAAAUUACAACCUGCCUCUUCAAAGCAAGUGUGACAUGCCACUGUACUAUUUUAGCAUGACCUAGUGCUUGCAUGAGGAUCCAGGAUUGCUUUUGACUUCGAAGAAGGACCCUUAAGCUCCCAGCCAUCUUCUGACUGCCUGCCUACCCGCCCGACUGUAGCAUUUGGGUGUGGAGGGUUUGUUUCAGAAUUAAACCUCUGGACACUCAAUGAAGAUGACUUAAGUUGGCAGGCCUGAAAGCUCCAUAAGCAGAAAGAGAGAACAAGCUUGGCAGGAGGACUAACACCCACCCAACACACACAAAUGUGGACGCUGUGGCGGCUUUGAGCCAUGCUGAUAUUGCUACUUGUGGAGCCCUGGAGAGCAGGCUAUCAUCAUCCCUAUCAUCAUUCACCCAAGCUGAGGAAGAUUCAACAGCCCAAAGGAAAGAGGCUACACAUCUGAGCGAUUCAAAGAAGACUGUGAAACUGUGCUAACACAGAGAGAUCCAAAGCAGCAUCCUCAAUCACACGCACAGACACUCUAAUACUCUUCUUCACAAAUCCCCGAUACAGGAAAAACAAAGCUGCGGCGGACGUGAAAGACACAGAGACUGAGCAGGUCAGGAACCUUUCACCAACAUGGCAGCCGAAAGUCUUGCUGAGCUCCGCGAUUGGCUCUUUCUCCUCCUCCUGGUCCUCACUUUAUUGGCUGAAGUGCUGGAGCUGGCGGCAGCUGCAAUCGCCAUGGAGACAGGCGAAGGAGAUGAGGGAAUUGUUUGUCCCUCCGUGUGUCGCUGUGAUGAGGGCUUUGUCUACUGCAACGACCGUGGCCUGAGCAUAAUCCCUCCGCUGCCAUUAACGGCUGCUAUCCUGUACUUGCAGAGCAACCGGCUGAGCAACGCCGGGCUGCCACAGUCACUGGAACGCAGCACUUCUAUACGAGUGAUAUACCUAUACGCCAACCAGCUGGAUGAGUUUCCGAUACACCUUCCUCCAUCCCUAAAGGAGCUUCAUUUGCAGGAUAAUAAUAUACGAACGUUACCGCGAUCAGCUUUGGCCAAGUUACCAUUACUAGAACGUUUACAUCUGGAUGAUAACUCAAUAUCAACAGUUAGCAUCCAGGAUCGAGCUUUUUCUGGGACUCCAAAGCUACGACUGCUGUUUCUGUCUCGGAAUCACCUGUCGAGCAUCCCAGCAGGCCUUCCCGCAUCACUGGAAGAGUUGCGACUAGAUGACAACAGGAUCAGCACCAUCCCAACGCAUGCCUUCCGCGGUCUUUCCUCCCUGCGACGACUGGUCCUGGACGGAAACCUGCUGGCCAACACACGGAUUGCAGACGAUACCUUCUCUCGUUUAUCUAACCUGACGGAGUUGUCGCUGGUCAGGAAUGCUCUACAGUCACCGCCGGUCAAUCUGCCUUCAGCUCACCUGGUACGACUACACUUGCAAGACAACGGGAUGACCCAUAUUCCGAGGGCAACGCUGGAUGGGAUGAAGCGCCUACAAAGGUUAGAUCUGUCAGGAAACAAUCUGACCAGUCUGCCUCGAGGGAUUCUGAGAGACACGGAAAGCCUGGAGUUACUGCUGCUCCGAGGAAACCCCUGGAAUUGUGGUUGCAACCUUCGCUGGCUUCAUUCUUGGCUGCAUGGCCGUGGGUCAGCAGUGACAGUCAGAGGUCUUGUCUGUCAGGGCCCAGAGUCUGUACGGGGCCAGUCACUCAGAGAUCUAACAUCAUUAAUGGAGCAGUGUGAAGGCCCUCCAGCAGGCUCUAGUCCUGGAGAAGUGGUGAACCCAGUCGAAAAAGAUGGAGGAGGUGAAGAUGAUGUUGGAGAGAGUCAAGUAGUCCCUCAUGGGACCACCACAACUGCCCCUCUAUUGGUCCCCACACAAGGUUCUCUCUUCACUCUGCGGCCUAAGUGGCCAGGUCUCAUUAUGCCCCUGCCUCCAGGGGAAGGUGGACAAGUAUCUGGAGAGGCCUUUGAGUUGACUGUUAAACCUCUCUCUUCAGACAGUGUCCUUGUGAGCUGGCUGUACCCACAGCCAGCACCCUCCUUCCGCCUGUCAUGGCUAAGAAUGGGAAGCAGCGUAGCUCUGGGCUCAAUGACAGAGACUUUGGUUGCUGGAGAGAAGAGGCAGUACCUCCUUAACCAGCUCACUCCACGUUCCCGUUACCUCAUCUGCCUUCUGCCACUGCGACAGGAGGCCUCCUUUGGGGGAUCCAGCAUGGGCUCAUCUCGAACUGGCAGCAUGGACAUAGACAGUAAAGACUCAGCUCCAGCCUGUGCUCAGAUAGAGACUGGAGAUGUCAGCUCUGGAGGGGAUGGUGCAGACAAAGAGGGACAGGACUCUGAGCUAACAGCUCUGCCACUAGCUGGAAUUAUAGGAGGUGCCACAGCAUUAGUGAGCUUGCUUCUAAUCUUUGCCAUCUUCUGCUGGUAUGGACAGAGAUCAGGUUACAUGUCUGGGGACUCAGGUUCAUACAGCAGAGGCCGGGGUGGGAAGCAUUACGAUGACUACGUAGAGUCAGGCACCAAGAAAGACACUUCCAUCCUGGAAAUCAGGGCCCCUCCUGCAGGCUUUCAGAUGACAGCCAUGGCCCAUCAGUCCCUGCAGCCUAAGCUGGAGGACGUUACAUACAUCCACACCAUUUUCCCUUCCUCCUCCUCCUCUUCCUCCCAAGCUAAUGGGACCUACCGGAGCAGCCAUGGAGCUGGCAGUCUCAAUGGCACUAUCCUCAGCCAAGCCAGCCACCAUCAUGUCACUUAUGGCACCAACCGUGGCUACAGAGAGGGUGGCAUCCCUGACAUAGAUUAUGCCUACACGUGAUGACACAGGGCACACUCCCUGAGCUACCAGAGCCCUGUUGGCUGGUGGCAUUUUGCCCUUGGUUUCCAAAGUACCCUCUGUGCCUCUGAUGGUUCGAUUCUGAUUGGUUUGCUUAGUAGAUGAUGAUGAUGAUGACAAUGAUGAUGGGACGAUGUUAAUAAGCAACAGAAGUAAGAGUCCCACUAUACUCUUCUGCUGUAUCCUACAAAAUACAGUAGGCUCUUCUCUCGGCACUGCUUAUUGUUCUAAAUGGUUAUGUUUCCUCUUUUGGAUAUCUCAGUGUCUUUCAAACCUACUGCUCUUCUCAGCUCAUAAUAAUACAUGGUAAAUUCUUUGAGGUUGAUAUACUAGGCUUAGCUGAUUUAGCAGGAGAUAUAUUUAUAAUAUGAGGAAAAGGCACUUGAUGUGUAUAGAGAUAGCGCUCAUAUCUUCCUUCUAACUGUAAGCUCUGUGCUGUAUAGAUAAAACGGGUGACAGAAAGGAGAAAUCAAUGGUUGUUAUAACCCACAGAUGACAAUGCAUCAUGCCUGACAUGAAAAGAUGUGUUCCUUGCUCCCUUCUUUCCUCUGGUUUACCCCCCCCCCUUAAAUUUUUCCAUCUUUCCGCCUCCUUUUUAGUUUUGUAUUCCUUUUUUUGGAGCUGAAGCUCUUUUUCUUUCAUUCUUCUCGUGUCUUUUGUGUUGCUGUGAGCAGAGGACGACUUUGUUCUCGCCAAAGGAGCUGACAGCAGUGAUAACAGCUCUGACAGAGACGGGAGACACAAACCACAGCAUGGGUAGACUAAUGAGUGGAAAAUAAAGGGGGGAAAGUGUGUGUGAGGGGGUGAUGGAUAGAUGGGUGGAUGGAGGAAGAGAAGAUAAAAGACGACAAGGGGAAAAAGAGAAGGGUGCUAUUUGGGUGGGGGGGAUGUAGUCUCUCUGAGAGGUGGCUUGCUUAUGGCAAAGAGCGAGGAAGGAGAAGAAAGACGCAGGAGUUAAGUUAAAAAAGGGCGUGUGACCAAUGAAGCGGCAGGAGGUGAAAAAGAGGACAAAAGGAAAAGAAGAUCGAGGGGAAGAGGGCUGACAACUGGAAUAAUGUGACUUCUUCAUCUUAAAAAAGGAUAUGAUUUUGCCCGCAGCGUGGCCACUGCUUCCAACAAACAUGAGUGAUAAAAGACUGCAUGAUUCUGUCAAAAACUUGAUUGAACUUUGUUUGAUUUAUAGAGCGAAGAACAUUUCAAUAAAUAAAACAAAGCAAAGGCAAGAAAAACAAAAGGCAAAAUAAUCUCCAAGCAAACAAGACAAAAAAAAAUACUCUGAAUUAAGAAGAACAGCAUGAACCCAGUUUUUAAUUCGGCUUGGUCUUAUUAUUAAAUUAUCUUUCACAGAGUCAUGAAAGAAACUAAUCAUGCAUCUCAUAAUAGCAAUCCAUUUAUCUUCAAGAGUAAGGCCAAACCUUUUUUUAUUUGGCAAUAACUUGGAGCAGCAGAUCAUUUUUGCGAAGGAAAUUAUAAUGACUGAGCUCUUAUUAUCCACAUUAUGGAGCUUGGGGUUGAUUAAAGAUAUUUUUUUCUUUCUGUUGUUUUUAUUGUGAUUCAGGAAAAAUAAAGAGGGGGCGACAUACUAGUAAAACAAUAUCUAUUAUAUUAAAUGUGAUUUUGCAUUCUGAUAUUAAUGUGUUCUUCUACAGCCUGGUUGAUCAUACAAAAGCCACAGUAAUUUUGAAUGAUCAAAUACCAUGGGACAUUAAUUAAAAAAAAAAAAAAGAAAAAGAAAAAAAAACGCUUCUCAACAUGCAAAGUUUUCUAAAUGUUCUGGAGACACCAUAACAAAGUAGGACUUUUUCAGUUUGUUGUGUUUCUCACAAGAAAAACGAAAAAUAAAAAUUUUAGCAUUGCAUGUGUGCAUUUCUAAAAAUGUCCACAAUCCAUGUUGGAAAAAUAAACACAAAAAUCCCCUGAUGACAGAAUUCAAAAGGGAAAAACUAAAGUUUCUCACCACCAAUCCUGAUGUCAAAAUCCAAUAUGGCUGCCAUAAGGAGGUUAGAGUGAGAAGUUUAUCUAUUAAAGAUUAUUUAAUAGUGUUUGAAUGGACAAAAUGCCUACAUAGUUGCAAGCUUAUACUGCCAAAAGUAAUUAGUGUGAGAACUGAGAACAACAAUUGGUAUAACCUAAUGGUUUUCUGACUUGCAGCUCAAACAUGGAUCAGGGAUGCAUUGGGUUCUCCAGAUGCAAGUUCAGAGUUCAUAAGUAAAUGAAGUGCAGCAUAAGUGGCCACUUUCACUUUUUCUUAACUCUUUAGACAUUCCCAGAUUUUCUUUUUGUGUAAUAUUUCAUUAUAGAUCAAUGAUCUUGAACAGUUUUAUGGGCUGUUUGGGCCUUCUAACUCUUCACUUCACACUUUUUAAAUAGUUGAUGUCAACAAAUUUCAAUGAGUGUCUCUAAAGGCAACUAAAGUGAGACCAGUUAGAAAACCAUGGAUCUAGUAAACCAACCCUAUCUGAUUUUUUUUAUGUGAUCUUAGAUAUGUUCAAACACUAAAUAUAAAAUAGAGUUUUUAAAACAAUGGAGUUCAUUUUUAAUUAAAAACACAAUAUGAUUAUCCAAGCCCCAAACUUAGGAAGCUAACAAUAGCUUCAGGUUUGUGUAAACCAGACAUUUACAUAGAAUUUAUAAAUAAAGACACAAACUUCUCUCACAGUAAAUCAUUUGAAGAUUUCUCUGUUUCAGGUCAGUUAGUGAUGCCAAAGUUAUUUGAUAUUUAAUAAAUUCCAGAAUAAUAAGAGUUUUUUAAGGCCCCUUUUUAAUUUUCUUUUUCUAAUUCAGAAGAUUACAAACAUUUCUCUUUUUUCCAUUUGGAAAAAUUGCCUUUUAACAAUUUACUUUGUAAAACAUUUUGACGGAUUCCUCCAGACCACAGCAGUGUUUUGCAAUCCCCACUAAAAAACAUGGACUCUGUUAUCCUUAUGCCAUUUUAUGGCGACAUGCUUAGGGUUAUUGUCUAUUUAAAAUGCACACUUUUGCCCAAGCUUUCUGGAUGAUGUCUUGACAUCUUGCUAUAAGAUUUCCAAACAAUAUUAUCCUUGUUAUGUAAUCUGUGAGUCCCCAGUCACAUGGGAAGCACACCAGUCCCUCUUGCAGCAAAUUAGCCAGGAAACAUGAUGGCUGCCACUCCCAUUCUCCUCAGUAGGAUGGUGCAAGCAUCAAACUUUUUAAUCCAAAUUUGACUUCAGUUUUAAAUUCAGACCUCAGAACAUUAAUGUUAUUGUCCCUGGGUGCAUAUGCAAAGUGUAAUUUUUAUGCUUGUUUUGGAGUAAUGGCUUUUUUGUCUGAGUGGCCUUUCAGCCCAUGUCACUACAGGACUCUGGGAAACAGAACCCAUCUCCUUCUUGAAAGUCAUUGUGAUAGGGCCUUCCCCUGAUAAACUUAAAUAUAUUUAAGUUUACACUUAAAUAUAUUUGUUUAAACAGAUGAAUGUAGCACCUUCAGGCCUCUGGAAAUUGGAUCCAGCGUUGAAGAUUUAUGGAGACAUUUAGCAAAUACAGUAUGAAUAACGAUGGUUUUCCUAACUGACCUAAAGCAUAAAAAACUGAAGGAAACCUGGUGUGUCUUUGUAUACAGUACAUGUAUGCAAAUGUCUUGUUUCAACUUUACAUUUCACAUAAAAUGGGAAAAUAUUACUAUACGUUUUGGAUUAUCUAAAACUGCAGCCUCAAUUAAUUCUAUGAUUAAUUGCAGAAUCCAUUUUAACUUUUUUUUUUUUUGUUAAGCUAAAGCACCGAAAAUCAGAUAGUUUUGUUAACCUAAAUUAUUUAAGAUGAGCUGAUAAAGUGUUGGCAGAGAAACAUUUGUUGACUCAGGAUGUCCAGUUUUAUGGCCUUAGAUAAGCAUAGAGGAUCUGUUCACAGCCCGACCGCUUCACUGUGCAUCUCAACACCAACACGUCCACAGGAAAGCAGCCCCUGCUCUCUGACUGCCUCUCACUGAGCCCACCAACAGACCCAAAUGCAGGAGGAACUUUGAUGGGAAAUCAUUUUUAAACAGCCAGAUUUACAGAUGAAAGAGAAGGGAGGAUAGAGAGGGAGAAAGGAGAAACUUAGAUAGAGCCUUUAAGUGUUGAAACCCGUUCCUUCUUUCUUUUGGUUGUACUCUUCUGAUUUUCCUUCCUGUGUUUCUGUGUACUGAUGAUAAUCAAGGAGCUCUGGUGUGUAUUUUUUAGUUUCUUUAUAUCUGUAUUUUUUUUUUCUUAAAAUCAAUUUUU